UGUUGCAGGGUGCUUGUUAGCCAUGUUGUUAGCCCAGGCGCUAGCAUUAGCCAGCCUAGUGGGCUACUCCAGUAACACUGUCAUUGACAGGAGCCUAUCUUGCUGGCACGAAUAUUAAUUUAUUUCUUAAAAAUAUAGUCUUGUCACUGACAUGAAGCUCUCAGAUUUACUUCGUUGUCUAACCUAACUGAUUGUUAUACUUGUCAUUAGCAUGCUAGAUCUUUGAGUCAAGGAUUCUAAGGGCAACAUGGUGGUCUCCGCUGCACUCAAGCAACUCAGAGUUGCAUACAGAAAACUACCACUUGUUAGAUCAUCUCAAUGUUUUCUGCAUGUGCAUCACUGUAUGCACAGCACUUCUCCAGUGCUUAUUGCGAAUGUUACGAGACCCGUUUUACUCCGGCUGUCAGACUAUGCAUCGGUCGGCUACAGCAGUGCGACUUUAGUCUCACAGAAUCGUGGUAUUUGUCUGGAUGUGAAAUUGAGAAGUAAAGCAAAUCAGGGAGAGGAUAAAGAACAACAGGUGUCUGUUCACAGAGCUCGAAGUGGACCCGGAUUAUCCGCAGCACAGAAAGUCAAACGAGCUGGCAAGGAUUUCACCUACCUGAUAAUUGUGCUCAUUGGACUCGGUGUGACAGGUGGAUUAUUGUACGUUGUUUUCCAAGAGUUGUUUUCAUCAUCAAGUCCAAACAAAAUUUACGGAAAGGCUUUUAACAAAUGCAAGUCAAAUCCAGAGGUGAUUGGAGCUUUUGGGGAGCCCAUUACAUGCCAUGGGGAGUCUACUCGAAGAGGCAGAAGGCAGCAAGUUAGUCACAUGGAGUACAUGAAGGAUGAUGGACUGAAGUAUAUAAGGCUGAAAUUCUACAUUGAGGGGUCAGAACCUGGACGACAAGGCACCGUUCACACAGAGUCAAAGGAGAACCCUGAAACUGGCAAAUAUGAAUUCCGCUACAUUUUUGUUGACAUUGACACCUACCCACGAAGGACCAUCGUGAUCGAAGACAACAGAUAGGGUUGCCAGAGACCAAUGGAAUUUUUCUCAAGCAUUUUGUAAUUUUACAAAAUGGCAAGACCCUCAUCAAUGUCUAUUCCACCAAACAAACAGACAACUAUUGUACACUGAGAAUUGAUAUAUUUUUAGAAAGUUAAUUGUUUUCUGUUUUCAUAGCAACACAAAAUGUAUGCUACACUGAAUGUUAUUAAAGGUAGUUAAAUUAUAGGAUGCAACAUUAAAAAAAAUGUGCUAUUCAGUGGUUGCAUAUGUGCAAUUUAUUUGAUCAUCCUCUGUAAAUUCUUUGCUGUAAAGAUCCUUGGUGUAACUGAGGUCCAUUCCUCCAAAAUUGCCAUGUGCAAACAGCCAGGAUACACGUCUUGUAAUUGUUAUUUUAUUACUGCAAUAAAAUGCCAAAGUGUCAAAUGUCCAAA